AUGAUUGGAAAAGUUGUUGUUUCCGCGAUUUCAUUGAUUCUUGUCGUCGGUAUAGUAAUCGGAGUUGUGGCUUCCGUCCACCGGAGUACAACAAAAACUGUCGAAACACCACAGAUGAAAGCUGUUACACAAAUAUGCCAACCUACUAAUUAUAAAGAAACUUGCACCGAAGCUCUUAGUUCUGCCAAUACCACUGAUCCUAAGGAGCUAAUCAAGGCAGGCAUUUUAGCCAUCUCAGAUUCCUUGAGCAAAUCCUUGAAAUUGAGUCAGGGUCUUGUCGGAGAAGCCGUUAGCGAGCCCCGCACGAAACUUGCCCUGCAGGAUUGCAAUACGUUGCUGAAAAAUGCCUCUGAUGGGAUUGAAGACAUUCUUACAAGGAUGGCUGAGAGCCAAUUGCAAAGCAUAGCUGAACAUGCUGAUGAUUUUCGAAUUUGGUUGAGUUCUAUUAUCUCCUAUCAGGAAUUAUGCAUGGAUGGAUUUCAGCACAAUGGCGACAUUAAAUCUACAGUGCAAAACAGUACGGAUUAUGGCAAUAAAUUAACAGAUAAUGUCUUGACAAUUCUUGCUGCGAUUUCAAACAUCUUGCAAGACUUUGGUCUCCAGUUUAAUCCACCCAAAAAUUCUCGUCGCCUCCUUGGAGCUGAUGGGUACCCAACUUGGUUAACAGCUGGUCAUCGGAAGCUUAUGGCCGGUGCUGGUCCUGCACCAAAUGCAGUGGUGGCUCAAGAUGGCAGUGGGCAAUUCAAAUCCAUUAGUGCAGCUAUAAACUCAUACCGGCCGGGCAGCAGUGCCAGAUUUGUUGUCCAUGUAAAGGCCGGAACCUACAACGAGCAAAUACUGGUGCCAAAGACUCAUUCUAAUGUUUUCAUGUACGGUGAUGGACCAGAUAAGACCAUUAUCACCGGAAAGAAGAGCUUCGCCAGUGGUGUAAACACCUUUAACACUGCUCCUUUUGUGGUUGAAGGACCAGGGUUCAUCUGCAAGAACAUGGGAUUCCAGAACACAGCAGGUCCUAGUGGUCACCAAGCUUGUUCCAUCCGAGUUAACUCUGAUAUGUCAGUGUUCCACAACUGCAAGUUUGAUGGGUAUCAGGAUACAUUGUUGUACCAAGCCGGACGACAAUACUACGGCAACUGUGUCAUUACCGGCACCGUUGAUUUCCUUUUUGGAUAUGGUGCAGCUGUGAUCCAGAACUCCCAGAUCAUUGUUAGAAAGCCUAAUAAAGGCCAGAAGAACACAGUGACUGCAGAUGGCAGGAAAGAAAAGGGACAAAACACUGGUCUUGUUAUCCACAAUUGCAAGAUUAUUCCUGAACCACAGCUUGUCCCUGAGAGGCUCACUGUGAAAACAUACUUGGGCAGACCUUGGAAACAAUUUUCAACGACUGUAGUAAUGCAGACAGAAUUGGGAGAUUUGAUUCAGCCUGAGGGAUGGAUGCCAUGGGAUGGAAACCUAUUCCUUAACACCAUUUUCUAUGCUGAGUAUGCCAAUACUGGAGCUGGUGCCAAUACUGCUAAUAGGGUCAAGUGGAAGACACUUCAUUUCCUUAACCCUGUUGAAGCUCAACGAUUCACCGUCGGAACUUUCCUUCCCGGUUCCGGGCAAUGGAUAAAAACCGCUGGAGUUCCUUUCUUGCUUGGAUUCCGUUGA